AUUUUGCCCAUUCCCCUUUUCUGUCUCACCCACAGCCAUGGAGGAAGAGGGAUCACAUGAGUCCACAACCAGCUCAAAAUGCAUCACAAAAACAAGGAGUUUCAGAGAGUCUGGUGGUGCCAGCAUUCACCCCACAGACAGCAGCAGCUUUAGGUUUGGUUUUCUUAAUGAGAACCAGUACCAGAAUUACCCUCCUCUCCUUCCCCUCCCUCCCACAUUCCUUCCUCUCCAACUUCCUUUCCCUCAGACCCAAUCUUUCACAUCAAAAUCCCAUUUCCAGAAACCUCCUCCAUUGAAGCAGAGCUCUCCAGCCUCUCCUUCUUUUCCCAACUCUUCUGAAUUCUCAUCUGCGUCAGAUUCAAUGGUACCUCAAACAAAUGCUGAGAAGCUGUAUGGAAGGAAGGCCAGACCUGCAACACAACAAGUAUCAAUGAUGAUGGCAAGAAGACCAGAUUCUGGUGGUGUGGAAGGGAAGGUUAUCUCUCUGCUUGCUAAUCAUUUCCUUGUUCGAUUCGACCCUCAGCAACAGAUUUUCCAUUACGAUGUUGAAAUCUCCCCCACUCCAUCCAAGGAAAUUGCUCGAAUGAUCAAACAGAACAUAGUGGAGAACCACUCAUCUGUUGUUUCUGGUUUAAACCCGGUUUAUGAUGGCACAAGAACCAUCUACAGUCCAGUUGAAUUCCAAGAUGACAGGAUUGAUUUAUACGUUAAUCUUCCCAUUGAUAAUGGAAAAUCUAACAAGAUGUUUCGAGUCAACAUCAAAUUAGUAUCUAAGCUUGAUGGAGUGAAGCUCAACAGCUACUUGAACAAGGAAGGGGACAAUGAUGAGUGGAGCCCACUUCCUCGGGAAUAUCUCCAUGCAUUAGAUGUUGUGCUGCGGGAAAGCGCCAAGGAGAAGUGUUUGGCAUCCGGAAAAUCAUUUUACUCAAGUUCAAUGGGAGGGGCUAAGGAGAUAGGAGGCGGGGCCGUGGCAUUGAGGGGAUUCUUUCAGAGUCUUAGGCCAACCAAACAAGGCCUUGCUCUUAAUGUGGAUUUAUCCAUGACAGCUUUCCAUGAGAGUAUUGGAGUGAUCCCUUACUUGGAAAAACGCCUCGAUUUUCUGCACAAUCUUUCUCAAAGGAAGACAAGAAGGCUGAGAAGUCACGAGAGGAAGGAAGUGGAGAAAGCAUUAAAGAACAUUAGGGUGUUUGUUUGCCAUAGAGAAACAAUCCAGAGAUAUCGCGUCUAUAGUUUAACUGAAGACAUUACUGAGGAUCUCUUGUUUUCAGAUAGGGAUGGAACGAGUAUAAGACUAGUGAACUAUUUCAAGGAUCAUUACAACUAUGAUAUACAGUUUAGGAACUUGCCAUGUUUGUUGACUAGUAGGGGUAGACCUUGUUAUCUUCCAAUGGAAUUAUGUGUUGUUUGUGAAGGGCAGAAAUUUCUCGGGAAACUUUCUGAUGAACAGACUGUCCGCAUUCUUAAAAUGGGGUGUGAACGACCAAGAGAACGAAAAACAAUUAUAGAUGGAGUCAUGAGAGGACCCGUUGGACCAACAAGUGGCAAUCAUCAAGCAGAGUUUAAGCUUCAAAUUUCAAAAGAAAUGACUCAACUGUACGGGCGAAUCCUGCACCCACCCAAGCUGAAACUUGGGGAUAGUGGACAGGUCAGACAUCUUGUUCCUUCUCGGAGCGAUAGGCAGUGGAACCUUCAGGAUAGUCAUGUCUUAGAAGGCACUCGAGUUGAGAGAUGGGCACUCAUAAGUUUUGGUGGGACCACAGAUCAGAAGUCCAACAUACCGAAGUUUGUAAAUCAGCUAUCUAACAGGUGUGAGCAAUUAGGCAUCUUCCUUAACAAAACUGCGGUGGUUAACCCACAGUUCGAGCCGUUACACAUGCUCAACAAUGUAAAGCAACUUGAAUCUAAGCUCAAGAGCAUACACAGAGCCGCAAUGGACAAUUUGCAGCUUCUAAUUUGUGUAAUGGAGAGAAAACACAAAGGUUAUGGAGACUUGAAACGGAUAUCCGAGACCAGAAUCGGAGUUGUUUCACAAUGUUGCUUAUACCCAAACCUUAACAACCUUUCCACACAUUUUCUUGCAAAUUUGGCACUCAAGAUCAAUGCCAAAGUUGGUGGGUCCACCGUUGCGCUCUUCAACUCAUUACCUUGUCAGAUCCCAAGGAUCUUCAAGCAUGAUGAUCCGGUCAUCUUUAUGGGCGCUGAUGUCACCCACCCGCACCCAUUGGACGAUUCGAGUCCCUCGGUCGCUGCAGUGGUUGGGAGCGUGAAUUGGCCGGAAUCCAAUAAGUACGUGUCGAGAAUGAAGUCACAAACACAUAGGCAAGAGAUCAUUGAGGAUCUAAGUGGAAUGGUGGGUGAAAUUCUUGAUGACUUCUAUGAAGAGAUGUUUUUGCUCCCUAAGAGAAUAAUCUUUUUUAGGGAUGGAGUUAGUGAAUCACAAUUCUCCAAAGUUGUCGAAGAGGAGCUCCAAGCAAUCCAAAAGGCUUUUUCGAGGUUCCCGGGGUACAAACCGCCCAUUACAUUCGUGGUCGUCCAAAAGAGACACCACACCCGACUAUUUCUCCCCGAUGAACCGGUUGGUAACCGGUUCUCCGAUGAGAACGUCCAACCUGGCACAGUCGUGGACACGGUCAUCACUCACCCGACUGAGUUUGAUUUCUACCUUUGUAGCCAUUGGGGAAUAAAGGGAACAAGCCGGCCAAUCCAUUACCAUGUAUUAUGGGACGAAAACCGGUUCACAUCUGACGAGCUUCAGAAGUUGGUGUAUAAUCUGUGUUACACCUUUGUGAGGUGCACCAAGCCUGUUUCACUGGUGCCGCCUGUUUACUAUGCUCACCUUGCCGCGUAUAGGGGUAGGCUAUAUCUUGAACGUCACGAUACGAACGGUUCAUUGAAAACCUCUACGGUCACUCGGGCUGCUCCCCCUAAGACAAUGCCACUGCCUAAACUCACUGAGAGUGUGAGAAAGCUCAUGUUUUACUGCUAGGAUUCUUACAGGUUAACUUAUCCGUUUGAGCUGGUAGCUGAUUUUAUUGCAAAUAAAUGAAAAAUAAUUGCACGAAUAGGUGUUGGGAUAACAAUUGGAUUAAAUUAGAGUAUAUUGUAGGUUGUACAAUUAUCCAAAAAGGUUACUCAACAUAUCGUUAUCGGUUAUUGUUCCAAACAAGAACUAUGGAAGUAUGGAGCCUUAUAAAACGAC